AUGAAGUUCAAGAAGCACAAGAAGAAUGAGACGAGAGUUGGAUUUCUAGGCAAUUUGGAAAGACUAGCUGGGGAGGCUGUAAGGCUUGGGGUUUCUGUUGCAGUGUAUGGAGAGGUUGGAAAGGCUUCUCUGGUGAGCAAACUUCACUCUGAAUUUUGCGAAGAAGGAGGACGGUUAGUUGAGAUUGAUUCUCGGGAGAUAGCUGAUGCAAGAACAUUGGGAGGGUUCUAUGCGGUUAAAGAGGGAGAUGUUGAAUACAUGAGUGGAUUGCUUAUUGAGUCGAUGAGAAGUGGAGAUUGGGUCCUGUUCAAAAGGAUAGAUAAAAACCACGGGUUGUUACAGUAUCUGUACCCAGUCAUCAAAUAUAGGAGAUUAUUAGGGAAUGAUGGAGAAGAGGUCUUGGGACAUGAAAACUUUAGGCUGUUCUUCACUUCUGAGGACAGGUUUGAUGUGGAUGACGUUGUAUUUGUGGGGCCUCUUAGGUUUAUGUUUGAGGACGCAAUGAAUAUAUUUGAGGUGGAGUGUGUUAGAAAGCUUCUUACCAAAGUUUUUGAGAGCAUUUCUGAUCAGUGGAAGGGAUGCAUGAGGGAUAAGGAAGAGGAGUGUCAAGGGAGCUGCCCUAAGAAUGUGUGCAGGGAUGGUGAAUGGUGCCUGUCGAAGGGGACUGGGGUCUGCGGGGCACAUUUCCGAUCUCUUCUGAAAAUAAAGAAAAGAACGGAGGACAUCAAUGGAACUGGAAUAGAAGAAAGAGUGAAGAUAUACCAAUCUGUGUGCAAUGUCCUGCUAAGGCAUGGCUCUGACUCUUUAAGAUGUUUGCUUGCUUUAAGCGAGGUUCCAAGUAUUUCACUUCAUGGGAUUGACUUCGCCAAGACCAGUUGCGUUGAGUGGGGGAUUUUCAAUCUUUUAUGGAACAUCAAUCACAGGGACCAUACGCUGCUUGUUGGAGACACGGGCGUUGGAAAGACAUCGAUGAUCCAGUAUCUCAGCCAGAAGUCACACUUCUUCUUAGGAAAGAAAGCCAAGCUAAGAGUUGUAAACAUGUCAGCAGACUUCGAUGGAUCAGAUUUGAUCGGAGGAUAUGGAACACUAGAUAUUAACAAGGCCAUAGAAAAGCUAUGCAAUGAGGAAAAGAUAAGUGUGCCGGUUUGUUAUGGAAACAAGCAGAAGCUUGAAUAUCUAAGGCAGAAAAUUUCUCUAAAGAUCAAGGAAGGCAUUUCUGACUCUGCAAGCACCAUCAAGAGGAUCGAUGAUCUAAUUAAGCUACUAGAAAAGAAAGUGCCCUUUGUGUACAAAAAGGGGAUUCUAACGGAAUGCAUGGCAAAUGGAGAGUGGCUGCUUCUGGAUGAGAUCAAUCUUUCCUCUGAAGAGACAUUGAACCUGAUAGAUGGAAUUCUAGGCAAGAAAGAGAUAUUUCUCUAUGAGAGCGGAGAUGUAAGGCCACUUCGAAUCCACCCAGAGUUUAUGCUUUUUGGGUGUAUGAAUCCAGGAGGAGACUUUGGAAAGAAAAGAUAUGAGGGAAUUGAGUUCAACACUGUGUACGUUCAUGAUUUCAGCACCUCACUGAAGGACAUCAAUCUUGUGAUUCAUUCUGUACUCGGAUACGAGGUAUCUGAGGAAAGAAAGGGCAGAAUAGGAGAGUUUUUUCUGGAGCUGAAGAAUAAGGUUUUAAGGAGGGAGCUCAGCAAUGUGGUCGAGCCAUUGAUAAGUGGGCGAAGUCUUGUUCGUGUGCUUAACUUUAUUCGGAGGAGGGGCGAGGAAGAAUUUGAACGAUGUGUGUAUGAAGCGUUUGAUCUAUUUGUAUUUACUCAAUUGGACUUUGUUAGCCGUUCCGUUGCAAUUACACUUCUAUCAAAAUACUUUGCCAUUCAGACAGAGCCUAUGGAGAAAACCAUAACCAAGGAUGGAUUUGUUCUAACGCGUAGGAUUCAGACAUAUCUAAGAAUCAUGAAACUGGCUAUUUUAUCAAACUGUGCCUUGCUACUACAAGGCGAUACCUCUACUGGAAAGACAAGUAUGGUUUUGUUUUUGUCCAAAGAGAUGAACAGGCGUGUGAUCAGGAUAAAUAAUCAUGAGCAUACCGAGGCGUCUGAUUAUAUUGGUAGCUUUACCUCCACAGGCAAUGGAGUUGAGUUCCGGGAGGGGGUUCUUAUAACGGCCAUGAGGAGAGGAGACUGGAUCAUCCUUGAUGAGCUGAAUCUUGCAUCGAGUGAUGUUCUUGAGGUGCUAAACAGGCUUCUGGAUGAUAACAGGCAAAUAUAUAUUCCGGAGACCAAUGAAACUGUGAUUCCUCACAAGAACUUCCGAAUAUUUGCCACACAGAACAUUGGAUACGGAGGUAGGAAGGGGCUGAGUAAAGCGUUUAGAAACAGGUUUGUGGAAAUGUUUUUCUGUGAAAGCGGUGAAGAUGAGAUAUUGGAAAUAUUACACGGAGCAUCAAAACUUCCCAGAAGCUUCUGCAAGAAGAUGGUUGAAGUUUAUAGCGGUCUCAGGUCUAAGAGAAGUAUCAAUGCAUUUGUGACAUUGAGAGACCUUUUCAAGUGGUCUAGCAGGGUUCCUAGAAGCUUGGCGGAGGUAUGUUUUCUAGGAAUGAGCAUAGUAUAUGAAAGGCAAAGAGAGUCAAGAGACAGAAAGUGGGUACAUCACAUUUUCUCUGAGUCCUUUGGAAAGGCAGAUGUGGAAAGAUAUGAAAGAAUGAUUACGGGAGAGGAAAAAGAAUGUCUGGAGGAUCUUCUGGGAGGAAAGGGCAUUGACUUUACUUUUGAGGGGUUUCAUAGAAGAAAUUUUGUGCUUACUGAUACAUUUAAGAAGCUCAUAAACUUAGUGUUUCUAGCAUGGAAAUGCAAAGAACCGAUUCUAAUUGUUGGAGAGACAGGAAUAGGAAAAACAAAGGCAUGUGAGAUAGUUAGCUCAGUGUUUGAAACAAAGGUUGUUACAUUAAGCAUGCACAAAGGGAUAGAAAGUUCUGAUUUUAUUGGCAACUUUGUAUUUGAGAACUCAAAGGUUGUAUGGAAAGACGGGCCAUUGGUAAAGGCCAUGAAGAGCGGAAACGCUUUUCUCAUUGACGAAAUAAACCUAGCGGAAGACUCGGUUCUCGAGAGACUCAACAGUGUGUUGGAACCACAACGUACACUGUACAUAACAGAGACUGGGGAGGAAGUUGUUGCCCAUGAAAAAUUUAGGAUACUAGCCACCAUGAACCCUGGGGGAGACUUUGGGAAGAGAGAGCUAAGCCCUGCUCUCAAGAAUAGGUUUACGGAGAUUUACUUUGAGAUUUGCCCGAAUGAGGUUCCUUUGAUAUUUGACUACCUCAUAGAAAAGCGGUUAAGAGAAACAGAAAUAUCAGGGGAAACUAUUGCCGCUUUUAAGUCUCUUGCUAGGUCUUUGGAUGUGUCUAUUCGAAAGCUUGAGCUUGUGUCUGACUUUAUAUACAAGCGCUAUACAGGGAGAUUUGAAGGUGUUGUGUGCACAGAUGAAUUUGAUGCAAUGAAUGUAUGGAAUGAGGCAUCAGAGAUUGUUGGGAUAAAAGAUUUCGAUGCGAAGACCAGAUACAUUGAGUCUGAAAAGAUGUUUGGUGCUUUUCCAUACCUAUUGGAGUAUAAAAACCCGUCUUCGUUUGACUUUGAAUCGCCAACGUCGACUUUAAAUCUCAGGAGGAUUCUCAGAGCAAUGGGGCUUGGAAGAGGAAUCAUGCUGGAGGGAGAUCCUGGGAUAGGGAAGACUAGCAUAGUCCAAGGGAUAGCCAGAAAGAUAGGAAAGAAGUGCAUUAGGAUAAAUCUGAGUGAGCAGACUGAGCUAUGUGACUUGGUUGGGAGUUAUCUUCCAAUUGAUGGGGAAAUUCGAUUUGUAGAGAGUGAGUUGCUAUGCAGUCUUAGAGAGGGAGGGUGGAUAAUUCUCGAUGAAAUCAACCUCUGCACCCAGAGUGUGAUUGAAGGACUAAAUUCUGUGCUGGAUUACAGAAGGAAGCUUUUUAUACCCGAGGUUACCAUUGAUGUCCAUGAAGACACACGGAUAUUUGCAACUCUUAAUCCGUAUAAUUCGAUGAAUGGGCGAAAGGUACUUCCAAGGAGCUUUCUUGAUAGGUUUAUAAGGAUUGAGAUGGACAAUUACACCAGAGAAGACAUCAGGCACAUCCUUAAUAAGAUGUUUCUGAGUCCUACAAUAGUGGACUCGGCGAGCCUAAGGGAAAAUAUUAGAGCAAAUCAAAUAGGUGUGUUAGAAGGCAGGGAAGCCAGUUAUUUUAUAGACAAGUCGACUGUAAGGAUUGGGUCGGUUUCUGUCAAAAGAAGGUGGUGUGAUCUGGACUUUGUGCUGAUACAUUCUCAGCUUCAGCAGAUAGAGGUAAUUAUGAAGUGCAUGGAGAUAAACAUCCCAGUGGUUAUAUCUGGUGGGAUAGGGAAGGGCGCCCUCCUCCGGUUUGUUUCUUCUAUGCUUGGGCAAGAAAUAAUGAUCUUCAACUGCCACAAGGACACAGAUGUCUGCGAUCUUCUUGGGCAAUACCAAAAGACACCAAGUGGGAUGUUUGAGUGGUGUGAUUCUGCUAUUGUAUGCGGAAUAAAAAGGGGCAUGAUAGUCGUCUUUACUGGCGUUGAGUUUGUAGAAAAGUCUGUAUUUGAUAGGCUUAACUCCCUAUUCGAAUCUGAGAGGACACUGAACGUGUAUGAAAAAGGAAUUGAUACAAAAGUUGCUGUUAAUCCAUCAACAAGAUUGAUUUUAAUAGCGAAGGAGCCAAACAUGCUAUCUCCGGCGUUACUUGAUAGGUGCACACAUGUGGAGCUAAGCGACAAACUUAACUAUAUUGACCUAUGGAAGCUAUUUGCAAAACCACCUACUGGCUCUCAUCCUGUCGCCUACGAAGACUUUUAUGGGAUCCCGAUGGAAAGCAGCCGGGUUGAUUUUGAUUUGGACCUCAAGAGAUUUAACUUACUGGGCAUCUGGCCAGACUUCCUGAUAAGACGGCUUGAUGGUGUGUAUAACACUCUUGAGGAAUCAGAGAUUGAUGGGAUAUUCAGAUUUGAGGAAAGGAGUAUGGAAAACAUUGUGGUGGACAUGGAACUUCUUAACUUCUACAAAAAGAUCAGGCUCCAUGUUGAGACUCCCCAUGAUGACGAAUCCAAGAUAAGGUUACUUAAAAGCAUCUCAACCAUGAGUUCUGAAGUUCUGAAAGCGGUGGCAUUCAUUAAGUCUGCAGAUAUCUCAGUUUUCAAUCGCUUCAAUCACGAUGAAGGAUGCUCUCUUAACUUUCCAAGGUCUUCUAAAGAUUUGAAAGUAAAGGUCAUUGGAUCCUUCUAUGGCAAGAAAUUUUCUGAGUACAAGAAUCUAAAGGCGGUUGUUGAGGGUAUUUCUGGCGUAAAAUGGGAACCACUGUCUAACUUCGACAUAUUUUUCUUUGAGUUUGUCGAAAGAUGCCUGGAUGAUCCUUUGAAUCUACUGAUGAGGGGGCUGCUUUUAGAGAUGAAUUCAUUUGAGAACAGAAGUCUUUCAGAGAUACACAACACCAUGAAGUGCAUGUAUAAAUAUGGGAAGGGCUCUAUAGAUGAGAUGGUUAACAACUAUGAAAAUGGUAUUAGUGAGUACAAGGCAAAGAUCAAAGACAUUGAGAGAAGGAUGAGUAGAAACUAUUCUAAGUUUAGGAGUUCAUUGCAGGGCUUGGACUUCUGUUCAUACAUGUGUGGAGAUAGAACUUUCUAUGAGUCUUUUGACGAUAUAUUUGACUACUAUCUGGUAUAUAUGUUUUACAAGUGGGUCAAUGGAGAGGGUUGUUCAGGAAAAUGCAAAAUCAAGCGGUCAAGCGAGAAUUGCUUGGAAAAAGAGAAUGUGAGCCUUGGGGACGGAGUAUCUGGAACCUAUGUCAACUAUAGUAUUCUUUGUUCAAACUUAAUUUUCCAGGGAUUGGGAAUUCUUUCUCACUUAGAAAAGAUAGACUGCAAAUCGUUGGGACAUGAGUUUUCGAAAUACUUGAAUUCGCUAUAUUACUCGAGACCGGGGAACAGAUAUAGCUUGAUCUUAGAAGGUAUUAUGUUUGAUAGGACGAUAUAUGUCAAGGAAGAUGGAUGGAUAGACUAUUUAUUAGGAUUUGAUGAGGGAGAUUUAGACAAGAGUUUGCUGUCUAUAUUUGAUUUCAAGAGUAGGGCACGAGUCAUUGAAGGCAGCAUGGAUAAACUGGAAAUCAACGAAGAGCUAGUUUCUCUUAUGGAUGAAGAAAUGAUGAGGCUUUCGAUAUUCACGAGUGUUUCAUACCUUAAAGAUUAUGUCGAGAAAAAGAUAGCAAGUAUUGAGGAUGGAAAAGACAGAUUGCUCAGAGGCAUGAACGACAUUAUCCCUGACGAAGAUAAGGCUUUGGAGUCUACGAUCGUUAUAUCAAAGUGCUUUGAGGAAGCCAGUACUGCUGGCUACGGGGAACUUCAAUUGUGCAAGAUGAUGGAGGCUUUGGAAGGGCUUUACAAGAAUGCAUCUACCUGCAAUGUAGAUAGGAAUUACAAGUACUUCCUGUACCUACUUAUAACGCCUUUCAAUUUUGAAAUGGCAGAGAGAUACUUUCUGGACUGUUCGGUAUACGAGUUUGUAGAUAGAAUCAGGCAUGCAAGAGAAAUGGCCACAAAGAACAAAGAGCCUUCUUUCUACAAUGUGACUUUAAAGUAUGCUUCAUUUGAAAUUGAAAGGAUUUAUGAAGACAGAGUUAGAGAUGCGAAGUCUAAACUGAAAAAGGAGCCAAAGCUUUACAAGAAGACAUUGGAAGAUCUAAGGAAGUUUCUUAUAUUGCCUGUCACCAAUGUGCUGGAUCUUAAGUUUCCUCAGCCAUAUCCUGUUUGUCAAGGGUAUCAUCCCGACCUGUGCACACAUAUUUUGAAGGAUAGAACUGACUGUGAAUGCAAGGAUUGGAUUGAAUUUUCAAGGAAGUUCAAUAAGAAGGAAGUUGAAAGAGCCUUUGAAAACACCAGGAUCAAAAAGAAGGAUGUUCUCGAAUUGUUUUUUAACAGGAUGCCUGAGGAGAUGUUUUCUGUCUCUGAAAUAUGCUUGGGUAAAGUUGUUAACCAAAUGAUAGAGGAUACAACGAUAAUGAAUUUGACACGGAUAUGCAUUGAGAAUCCAUACAUACCAUUUAUGUACUUCGUAUUCACAUUUGGAUAUAGAGAAGAGGAGUUUAUGGAUGACGGAGACAUGGCUGGAAUGAAGAGUGGAACAGGGAAUACUAACAUUAGUGAUCAAGUUAAACAUGAAGACGAAAUAGAUGACGAAUAUGGAGAGCAGGAAAAAGUAAGUGAAAGCGACGGAAUAGAUUUCGACAAUGACGGAAGUGUUUCGACCGUCAGCGAGCCUGAAGAAGAAGAAGAACAUGAGAGUGGAGUAGAAGGGUGCAACGAUUCUGAGGAGGAAAGUGAAGAAGAAGAAGAGAAGACACUCUUAGAUGAGCAGGAUACAGAAAUGGAUGUUGAGAAUGAAGGCUUUGGAUCUGAAAGAAGCUCGGAGAAUGAGGGGGAAGAAGUUCUAUGUUCUGAAGAUUCGGAGGUAAGUGAGAACACAGAAAACGGCGAAGGCGAUAGUAUUGAGUCUGGGAAUGAAGACGACAUAAAGCUACAAGAUGAAGAAGAUUUGAUUUCUCACGAUGAACCCAAGACAAACGAAUAUCAAUUCAAAGAAGGGCUUCUCAACAAAAAUCAAACAUGUGAGACUGCAGAUAAUUAUGAGAGGUAUGUUGCAGGAAACAAUCAGGACGACAAAGCUUUAUGUGCAGGUGAGGGCACUGAGAGGGUUUCUGGGGAUGAAGAAUCGGGAAACGGAGAUGCCUUUGAGUCUACCAUAAGAAUAAAAGUAGAGGAAGAGGAUUGUACUAAGUUGACUAGUAUGCUCAGGAUAAUUAUGGAAUCGAGAAAAGGAAGUAAAUACAAAGGGGACUUCAAAAGUGGAAAGAAAUUGAAUAUGAAGAGGCUGGUUCCGUACAUAGCCAGCGGAUUCAGAAGAGAUAGGAUUUGGAUGAAACGGCAAAAGAAUGACAAGAAGGACUAUAUUCUUCGUCUAUUCAUUGAUAACAGCAAAAGCAUGUACAACCAAGAAAUGAUUAAUACUCUCUUGUCGCUAUACUCGAAGAUAAACAGGUCUUUCUCUCUACUUGGAAUACCUGUUGAAGUUUACAAGUUCGGAGAAGCCCUAGAAAGGUGCUCUGUAGAGGAAAUGGGAUUUAAUGACUCCCAGACUAUGAUUGACUGGAUUGAUGAAUUCAAUGAUGGGAUCAACAUUAUUCUAACUGACGGGCUUUUUCAGAAUGUAGGACACCACCACCCAAACUUCCUAGUUCUACUAAUAGACAAGUGUAACGUGAAAAAGAUGUCGAAAGUGAUUGUUUCUGAAGGAUCUGUGUUUGUUCAAAGGUAUUUAGAUACGUUCCCUCUUAAGUACUGCAUUAUUUCUGAUGUGGAUGAACUCGAAUCUACAUUUGUAAUGGCACUAAGUGAGCUGAUUAGCUCCUCUUGA